CCUAGGGGUCCUCUAGGAGGGAAAAAAAAAAUAAAAAGUUUCUAACAAAAAAACUCUCUCUCUUCUCAACAAUGGCUACCUCAUCGUCAAAAACCAGAUCGAGCGGUCCAGUCCUACGCUCUCUCUCGCCCCCCGGCAGACUUUACUAUUCCAACGCUCCAAAUUCUUCUUUUUCUUCGUCCUCUUCAGUCUUCGCUUCCUACACAAGCUCCAGUUUCUCUUCACCGUCAACAACUUUCUUCCACCAUGACCUUCACAGACAUCACUACAACAACCACCACCACCACCACCAUCACCAUCAGCAGCGAUCUGCCUCUCCCACACGCGUCAACCUCUACACCUCGGGUUCCCUCUCUCCCUCCGUCCGCUUCUCCAUCGACCACCGCUCAAUCUCCCCAAACCGUAACCAGGUCAUCACGAGCCACCACAGCCCCAUGUCGAUCCCCAAAAAGAGGUGUACGUGCUCGCCAACAACGCAUCCGGGUUCGUUUCGCUGUCAUCUACACAAAAAAGCAUCAAACAGUCGCGGGAGCCAUCAUGCGGCGCCGUAUCCGAACAAUGGGCUGAACAUGCGAAGAUCGGCAAUGAAGAACUCGCUGGUCAGGAUCGGAGGCGUAGAGGGAGAGUGGGUCAAGAGAGCAUUGACCGCUCUGAUCAGGCCCUCAUCUCAUCAGCUAAGGAGAAGAGCCGCGUUCGAGCCCACGCCGAGCCGGCUCUCGAUCAUGUCCAGAGUUGAGGAUCUGUGAGUUUCCUUUCUGUUGUGCACAGGUUGGUUCAUGCUUUCCCGGUCAUCUUUGAAUUUUCGAGUCCUAGAUUCCGGCGAGGAGGUCGGAAUCCGAUGGAGG